UCACUAGGAUGGAUACAGAGGGAUUAUUUUUUAUAGUUUUGUGGCAUUACAACAGAAGACCUGGGAGUAAUGAAUGUGAUAACACAAGUUGAGUUUGUUCACAGGAGAUGUGUGGACAUGUGGUGGAUGUCACAUGAGGAUGUGAGGGAGGGGGGGUCAGCUGGUGGUCAGACUGUCAUUGUAAGCUCAUGGGUAAAUUUUAAUUUAAUUCACAGACACUCGGAUCAACCUUUGAGGUUUAUGUAGGAAUCGGAUUAUGGUCAUAUUAAGUACCCCCUCCUCUCUCUCUCUCUCUCUCUCUCUCUGACACACCCCCACCCUCCCCUCGUUUCCCCCUGUUUGAAUGGGGGGCGCUGGAGCCGUCUGCCUGUCACCGCUUGCCUCUUUGUUCAGACGGAUCUAGCUUCUCUCCCUCGGCGUAAGGCUGCUGGCGAGGAGGGGGACGGACGGAGCACCUUGAGGUGUGAGUGUGCGCGCAUUUAUUCCGAUCCGGCAGAUAUCUGCGUGAGGGGAUGAACGGCGCAUAAACUGCCACUGCUGCUACUCAGUGAAGAAGGGGAUAGCACAGAGGAAGAAGAAGAAGAAGAGGAGAAGAAGAAGAAGAAGAAAAAGGACUGGAAAGUCCAGGGCGACGAGGAGCGCUCGUGCACACACUCCCCCCCUGGUCUCCUCUGCCUCUGCAAAGUGCUGUUUCACCCUUGGUUUCGCCGUUUUUCGUCUCUGCAUCUUCUGGGAGCUUUGGGGAGCACCUGCACUGAGGCGCGAAGGUUUCCGCUCACAUUCCUGAGGGUUGCACUGCUGAGACCCUUCAGUUUUUUGUCAGAGAAGGUCCAGGAUGGCAAUCGCUCUGUGUGCAGCUGGGCGGCAGAUCCUCUUCGCACUCAUGCUGCUACUCUGUUUAGGCUCGGGCGCAGCCUCCUCCAUAGUGAACAUGCGUAGGAUCACCCAUCCAACAGUACAACAAUCUCUGGCAGGCAAAGCCGUCCUCCCCUGUGUGUUCACCCUCCAGCCUGACUCCUCCGGCCAGCCCCCCCACCUCCUGUGGACUCGUACAAGGCCGCCCGCUGUAGGAGAACAGGGUGCUGUGCUGGAGCAGAUUGUGCUCUCUGCUAAAGGUGACGUAAUCAAGGUGAAUAAGGCUUUCAGCGGCCGGGUAAUGCUGCCAGGAUACACUGCCAACCCUCUGAAUGCUUCCAUGGAGAUCUCUGGUCUCCGUACCAACGACUCAGGCACUUACCACUGUCAGGUUGUCAUGGGCAACGACUAUGAGAGAGACACCGUGCCCCUGGUGGUCUCUGGUGUGGUGUUUCACUACCAGGCUCUCAGCUCUCGCUACGCCCUCACGUUUACCGAUGCACAGAAGGCCUGUCAGGAGAUCUCUGCUCAGAUAGCCACGCCUGCUCAGCUAUGGGCGGCGUACUAUGAAGGCUUUGCCAGCUGUGCGGCCGGCUGGUUGGAUGAUCAGACGGUCCGAUAUUCUGUCCAGAUGCCGGAGCUUGGUUGCUAUGGACACAAGGAGUACUCUGCUGGAGUGAGGAAUUAUGGGAAGAGGGACCCAAAAGAGAUGUUUGAUGUCUACUGUUUCGCAAAAGAAUUGGAUGGUGAAGUGUUUCACUCCUCGGUCCCAGGCCGGCUGUCUCUGUCCUCAGCCUCAGACCGCUGUGUGUCCCUCGGGGGACAGCUGGCCACAGUAGGGCAGCUCUAUCUGGCCUGGAAAGCUGGCCUGGACAGCUGCGCACCAGGCUGGCUUUCUGAUGGGAGCGUUCGCUACCCGGUGACCUGGCCUCGUGCAGACUGUGGAGGGAGCCAGCCGGGUGUCCGCACUGGGACACCCAACACUACUGCUGAUAACAGCACAGCGUUAUUUGAUGCCUACUGCUACAGAGGUAAAGUGAAAAAUUCAGGCUCCAUCUCCCAGAUCUACACCUCCCUGUGGAAGCCCUGGAGCUACCUCACAGGCACAAGUGAUGCUGACUCCACAGGGAUCGACAAUACUGACUCAACUACACAACAGGCUACAACUACCAGAGGGUCUGUCACAGAUGUUUCACCCUCAAACUGGACUGGAUUGGUGGACCUUGAAGACGAGGACUCCCUUCAUAGCAGUGACCCUUCUUCAGACCCCUGGUCCUCAGAGUCUUCAGGAUCAUUUGUGACCCUGCAGCUGAUCCCAGGACAGAGCUUAUUAGACUGGGGAGAGAUGCUGGAGCCCGGACCAGACUCAGAGGACUUUCUCCGACCGCCAGUGGAACCCACACCAGCUGAGAAGAAGGUGAUCUCAAAGAUUGUGAAGUCCAUUUGGAAGCCUUGGAACUAUCUGGCUGGGACUGAAGAUGAGGAUGCGACUCAAACACCGAAUGGACAGGCAGGAGAAGUGGAACCAGCCACAAAGAAGACAGAUGAUGAGUCAAAUCCAUCACCAGGUUUGUUUUCUUGGGGAAGUUCAUGGUUCAACGGCCCCUCUAGCAAAAACUCUACACCCGCCAGUGAAGACUCUCCCACUCGUCUGGCAUCAACUUCAGCCGCCUCCGGUAACUCCAUGACUACAGUGAGCGCCAAGAGCUUGGUGAAUCCAGAGACAUCCACCGCCUCCAACUCUACGCCUGAAAUCACCCCUUCCAGCGCAGAAACCUGGAUCCGUGUUGAGUCGGAGACCACGACCCGAUCAGGUGAUAAGAGGGAUGAGACGGUGACUUCUAGAGCAGGUGGACGAGGAAGAGGGAGGGGGAAGAAGAACAGAGGGGAGGACAGGAGCAGAGGAGAAGACAGGGGGAGAGGAGAGGAGAAAGGGAAAGGUGAAGACGAGGGGAGUGGAGAAAUCACUGGUGCAGAAGCAAAGGGGGAGAUACAAGUUUCACGCCGACCUGUUGGAACCAGCAAACCGAGAGAACGAUCCAGAGAAAGAUCUAGAGAGAGGGGGCACAGGAAGGGACAGUCAACCACCACCACAACUACCACCACCACUGCUAAUCUUCAGGACUCUUCAGAUAUGACCACAGCUUGGACAGAAGGUGCAUCCACAUCUGAGCCCCCUUCUUCUUCUCCAGCAGAAACCCCAAAACCAUCAACCUCACUUCAUCCGUUUGUCACUGCUUCAUCCACAUUCCUAUCUCCAUCCUUCUCUCAAUCAUCCCCAUCUUCCCCCUCCCAAUCCCCAUUCAAUCCCCAAACCCCAUCCCCGUCCCCCUCUCCAUCUUUGCCUCCUUCUCCAUCUCAAUCAGCGGGAUCAAAAGAGCCAGCUCCUACUGGUCACUUGAAUAACCAGGGCAUACCCUUGACAUCUUUGAAAUGGAUCCCAGUGGACAAAGCAGUUGUUAACGGCUCUCUGGAUUAUCCCCCAUUUCUGUCGGGGCCCCAUGAUGAGGAGGAGCCGGCUUGGUCUCAUGCUGUGGGCUCGGGGGCCCUGUUACCUGGCAACAUGGAGGAGGAGAGCAGAGGAGGAGUCAACAUCAGUACCAUAACACUAAGCACAGCAGUUGAGGUGGAGCCCUGCGUGACAAACCCGUGUCUGCAUGGAGGAAAGUGCCUUCCUCAGGGAACGGGCUACAGCUGCUACUGUCCACAAGGAUACGCUGGGGAGAACUGUGAGAUUGACGUUGAUGACUGCCAGUCAGAGCCGUGUGAAAAUGGAGGCACUUGCAUCGACAAGAUUGAUUCCUUCCUCUGCCUUUGCCUGCCCAGCUAUGGAGGAGACACAUGCGAGAAAGACAUAGAAGGCUGUGAGCACAGCUGGAAGAAGUUCCAUGGCCACUGCUAUAGGUACUUCACCCACAGACACACCUGGGAGGAUGCAGAGAAGGACUGCAGGGAGCACAGCGCACACCUGAGCAGCAUCAUCUCCUCCACUGAGCAGGAUUUUAUCAACGGUCUGGGUCAUGACAACGCAUGGAUCGGACUGAAUGACCGCACAGUGGAGGAUGAUUUCCAGUGGACUGACAGCAACGAUCUGGUGUAUGAGAACUGGAGAGAGAGCCAGCCAGAUAACUUCUUCGCAGGUGGGGAGGACUGUGUGGUGACUAUUGCCCAUGAGGAUGGCAAGUGGAAUGACGUGCCCUGCAACUACAACCUGCCCUACAUCUGCAAGAAAGGAACUGUGUUGUGUGGGACCCCACCUGCAGUGGAAAAUGCCCAUCUGGUUGGCCGGCGGAGGUCACACUAUGACAUCCAUGCUGUGGUUCGCUAUCAGUGCGCAGAAGGUUUCUUCCAGCGCCACAUCCCCACUGCUCGCUGCCGGGCUGAUGGCAGCUGGGAGAGACCAAGAAUCAUCUGCACAAAAUCCCGGCGGUCUCACCGGUACCGACGCCACCACCACAACCAGCACCAUGAGCGCCGUGGCCACCGGAGACACGGCGGAGAGGGACACAAGGCCCGUGAGGACGCACAGAGCUACUACUGAACCAAAUAAUCCAACCCCUCCGCCAUGUUUAGGUGCUGACCAUGGCCCAUAAAGACAGACAGUAGUUCAUCAAAACACUUACCUGCUUCUAACCCUGCUCUGUUUAGCUUUACCCCUCCUGAUGAGAGAAGGUUUUCUUACUCUAACACACACAGUUUAAGACCCCACAAACCCCCUCGUUUGGGUGUUUUUUGAUGCUUCUUUUUGACCCUGCGUCCUUUAACUAAGGUCCAUGCGAACACUAAUACUCUUACACUAACAGUUAUUAAUCUCACCCUAACAUCUCAGUACAGUAAAUCCCCCUCCUGUCUAUGAACUAAACCCCUCCCUCAGUCUGUCACACUGACAGCAGCGUGUGUGUGAGCGUGUGUGUAUGCAUGUAAGAGAGAAACUUAGAAAAGUGCUGAGUCACUUUCUUUUUUUUCUAAGAGUUUGCUUGUUGUACAUGAAAAAUGACUCUCACCCUAGUAUUCUGUUUACAAAGCACAGAUGUAUUUGAUGCAAGAUAGUAUACAGUCCCUGUAACCCUCAGCUUUUUUCUAUGUGUACUGUAGCUGUUACUUUUCCAUAGAGCGCCUGAAUAGCUCGUCUGUUUUAUUCUACUGACAUGCUUUUUCUAAUAUUUGCUAUGUUUUGGUGUUAUGUUACUAUUUAUUAUAAAUUUGCUAGUGAAUAUGCUUUCAUUUUUUACUUAUACUUCAGAGAGCCGAUGUGACGUCAUUUUUCUACACCAGUAUUAAAGUUCAAAUCUUAACGGUAGACAAAAUUAACCCUUCGAUUGCCUCUAAUCUCUGUAUUGUAAAUAUUGUGGUGUUCGUUACUGGCUGAUCAAUAGCUGGACCUUGUCCAAUCGAAUAGGCCUUCCAUAUCCCCGUGAGCACUUCAAACUAAUAAAUAUGUCUGACUGACGUAGACAGUUUGGAUGGGAUUUAACAAGACUAAAGAUAAACUGUUGAUUGUAUAAAUUUUGUGCUAAAUUUUUUCAAUCUUUGCACGGCUAAAUUUACACAAUGGUUAGAAUGUUGAUUUUGUUUUUUGUCCAUUGGUCCCUUUGAUAUUUGAUCGGUCAUCCACUUUUUUGGUGUUCUUAUGACUUUUUGUCCUGCUGUUGUAUUCCAUUCUUAAUAAAGUGAAAAAAAUUAA